UUGUGCGAAAUCGAUAAGUUGUUUCUUCUCCGUCGGCCAAUUCGUAUCGCAUCAACCAUGUCGUUCAAUUUUGGAAACACAUCAGCGCUCGGUUCAACGAGCACACCGACCAAGCCGGCUUUUGGCAAUUUCUCAUUCGGUGGACAAACCUCUACACCGGCGUUCGGUGCUACUGCGGCGACCGGUGCAGCACCAGCUUUUGGACAAGCAACAGCCACGUCGGCAUUCGGUGCAUCGGCAACACCCGCGUUCGGUGCAACCGCAGCUACACCUGCCACCGGUACGGGUGCCUUCGGAACGUUAGGUUUCGGUGCAUCUACCGGCGCUACCACAGCGUUCGGUGCCGCACCAACCAGUUCCGCACCAUCGUUCGGGUUCGGAACAAACACGGCUACAGCAGCAACACCGGCGUUCGGUGGCUUCGGUACCGCCACGUCUACUGCUGCGACUGGUUUCGGUGGAUUUGGUACGGCCACGGCCACCAGUUCCAGUGCACCAGCAUUCGGUGGCUUCGGUACGGCGACACAACCAUUCGGAACAUCCAUUGCGACCACUUCCGCACCAUCGUUCUUCGGUGGGCUUGGAGCGUCCCAACCGCAAGCUGCUACCGGUUUCGGUGCAUUCGGCACCGGUAGUACCUUUGGUGGGACAACUUUUGGGCAACCGGGAGCCGCCACCGGAGGCUUAAAUUUUGGCCUAUCGGCCUUUGGUCAGCAACAGCAGCAGCAGCAGCAACAGCAGCAGCAGCUUGCUCAAGCCCUUUCACCCGAGGAAGCGUUCGUGCAGUCCGUGUUUAAUGUGUCCAUCUUUGGUGAUGAGCGCGAUACGGUCAUCUCGAAAUGGAACUACCUGCAGGCAAUGCUCGGGACGGGCAAAUCAUUCUACUCGCACAGUGCACCACCAGUGGAGAUUACGCCAUCGAACUUUCUGUGCCGCUUCAAAACGAUGGGCUACAGCAAACUGCCCGGAAAGGACAAUAAAGCUGGGUUGGUGGGGCUGACGGUUAACAAAACGGUGGCACAAAUAAAAGAACAGCAGCAGCAAUUCAUUACCAGCAUGAGUCAAAUCUUCGGCAACAAACCCAACAUUACGAUCGUGGUGGAAAAUGUAAAAUCAAUCAACGACACGAAGGUACAGGUCAUUAUCUACAUCGAAGAAAAAUCCACCAUCUCGAACGAGGUCAAGCGCGUACUUGCGACGGAAGUGGCCGGCUAUCUGAAUCAACCAAUGCCCAAACAACAGCUUUCCCAGCUCGGCAUUGAAUCGGUCGUUGCGUUGGUACUACCGGAGGAAGAUCAGCUAAAGGAGUAUCUCGACAAUCCACCGAAAGGUAUCGAUCCUCGUAUGUGGGAACAGGCAAAGAUCGAUAAUCCCGAUCCGAAGCGAUUCAUUCCCGUUCCGAUGAUUGGUUUUCAGGAUCUUAAAUGGCGCAUCAAGUGUCAGGAAAAUGAAACCGAAAUACACGCAUCCUAUCUCGCCAAGGUGGAGAAAGAGAUUGCCGAGCUGAAGCAGCGCCACAUGAACACGACCGCCAAGAUUGCCGAACAUCGGCGCAACUUUGCCGAGCUGAGCCACCGCAUACUGCGCGUCAUUGUGAAGCAGGAAAGUACCCGCAAGCUAGGAUUGGCCCUAUCGCCGGAAGAGGAAGCGAUUCGGACAAAGUUGGAAAAUAUGCACGCGCUCGUAUCCACCCCGACGCAGUUCCGUGGUCGGUUGAGUGAGCUGCUGUCACAGAUGCGUAUGCAGCGGAACCAGUGGGCCCAUGGGAACUUCCUGAACGAGUACACGCUCGAUAAGGAUGCAACGCAGGAGAUGCAAUCGUUCCUUACAAUGCAGCAGAAGGCGGUAGCGUUUCUGAUCGAUACGAUACACAAGGAUAUGAAAACGCUGAAAAUUAUUAGCGAAGGCAUGACGCAGCUGGUGCAAGGCUAG